GAGGUGUGGCUUGAAGGCAUAGCAUGCAAUAGCUUUACCGCGGCAGUCCCCGAGUGCCACACGUCGUAUUUUUUUGUUUCAAUCGGAAAAAAAAUUCCGUGAUAUUUUGUUGAGACCUUUCACCCCAACGUAAGUAAAUUAGAUAUUCCCCCUCCCCCCUUUAAAAUAUCUCACGUUAUUUAUGGAUACUCCCUAUUCCGUAAUGAAUUAAUAAAUUAGUCAUUGUGUACUUAUUAUGUACAUAUUUCCCGACUUGUUUGGAAUUUUUAUUGAAAUUUGAAACCUCUCCAUCUAAAGAUAAAUAUGUUAACUACUAUACCAUUAUUAUAAAAAAUCUGUGUACUUUCAUUACAUUAGAUAAUUAAUAGGUACCUUAAGUUUUUUAAUUAUUCAUUGUCUUAUUAAUUACCUUUUGAAUAACGACAAUGUCAGCUAACGUACUUAUUCAUUGAGAAAUAGUUUUGAACUCAGUGAGGAACUACGUUUUACAUAUUUUGUGUAUAAUUGAAAAGUUUUUGUGAAUAUUUAUUUUUUUGAGCUCGGAUUUUUGUGCGCGACAAAAUGGCACCCGACGUGACAGAACAACCGGUAGGUGACACCCAGGUGACUGAAAAUGGCAUAGUGUCAGAAGAUUCAUUAGAAAAGCUGGUGGCACCGCAGGCAGAGCCGAGGAAAUAUGAUAUAGUAUAUAAAAAUCUCGUGACGUUUGGCUAUGGACACUUUUGCAUGUUCUACGCGAUAUAUUUGGGUUUUACGACAGCUUUGUGGCCUACUAUAUUCUUCAAUUAUGUGAUCUACAUAUUAGCAGCGGUCGGAGUGACAGCCGGUACCCAUCGCCUCUGGACCCACAGAGCAUAUAAAGCCAAGAUGCCUUUACAAAUCAUACUGAUGCUGAUGAACACUCUGGCAUUUCAGAACACUGCGAUGGACUGGGUCAGGGAUCAUAGGAUGCAUCAUCGAUAUACAGACACAGACGCGGAUCCUCACAACGCCGUGCGCGGUUUCUUCUACUCCCACAUGGGUUGGUUAUUGGUCAGAAAACACAGGGAGGUGAAGACGAGGGGCAAGUAUAUAGACAUGAGCGAUAUACACGCGAACCCUGUGCUGCGGUUUCAGAAGAAAUACGCGAUCCCCUUCAUCGGCACAUUCACCUUCCUCCUGCCAACCCUGAUACCCUGGUACUUCUGGAACGAAGAUCUCUACACCGCCUGGUACAUAGCCGUGGGCCGUUACGUUCUGAACCUCCACGGAACUUUCCUCGUCAACAGCGCUGCCCAUAUGUGGGGAAACAAGCCAUAUGAUAAAUACAUAAAACCCACCCAAAAUCUACCAGUUUCCUUCAUCACUUUUGGGGAAGGCUUUCACAAUUACCAUCACGUGUAUCCCUGGGAUUAUAGAACAGCUGAAUUGGGUAAUAAUAACCUGAAUAUGACGACGCUGUUUAUAGACUUCUUCGCGUGGAUCGGCUGGGCGUAUGAUCUGAAGACGGUGCCUGAUGAAGUUAUUAGAAGCAGGGCGGCAAGGACUGGUGAUGGCAGCGAUCUUUGGGGACAUAUAAAUGAAAAGUUGAAGGAUUAGGUGAUGAAUGAUUGUCUUUUGAGUGCGUGGUAUAGCAAUAUUCAUGGUUAAC